GGUCGCCCAAGGAUUGUUAGUCAAGAUGGCGCUGGCAGCUGCUGCGGCGAGGGUUUGGGAGCCAAGUCGAGGCUUGGGCCAGGUCGGCCUCCUGGUCCUGCGGAGGCUUGGGGCUCGGGGGCUUGCUAGAUCUCACCCCCAGAGGCAGCAGCAGCAGCACUUCUCGUCCCUGGAUGACAAGCCCCAGUUCCCAGGGGCCUCAGCGGAGUUUAUAGACAAGCUAGAGUUCAUCCAGCCCAAUGUCAUCUCUGGGAUCCCCAUCUACCGUGUCAUGGACCGGCAGGGCCAGAUCAUCAACCCCAGCGAGGAUCCCCACCUGCCCCAGGAGAAGGUGCUCAAGUUCUACAAGAGCAUGACGCUGCUCAACACCAUGGACCGCAUCCUCUAUGAGUCCCAGAGGCAGGGCCGGAUAUCUUUCUACAUGACCAACUAUGGCGAGGAGGGGACGCACGUGGGGAGUGCAGCCGCCCUGGACAACACGGACCUGGUGUUCGGCCAAUACCGGGAGGCAGGCGUGCUCAUGUACCGGGACUACCCGCUGGAACUGUUCAUGGCCCAGUGCUACGGCAAUGUGAGCGACCUGGGCAAGGGACGCCAGAUGCCCGUCCACUAUGGCUGCCAGGAGCGCCACUUCGUCACCAUCUCCUCUCCGCUGGCCACGCAGAUCCCUCAGGCGGUGGGGGCGGCCUAUGCAGCCAAGCGGGCCAACGCCAACAGGGUUGUCAUCUGUUACUUCGGAGAGGGGGCAGCCAGUGAGGGGGACGCCCACGCUGGCUUCAACUUCGCUGCCACACUUGAGUGCCCCAUCAUCUUCUUCUGCCGGAACAAUGGCUACGCCAUCUCCACGCCCACCUACGAGCAGUACCGUGGGGAUGGCAUCGCGGCUCGAGGCCCUGGAUAUGGCAUCCUGUCCAUCCGCGUGGACGGCAACGAUGUGUUUGCCGUGUACAAUGCCACAAAGGAGGCCCGGCGGCGGGCCGUGGCAGAGAACCAGCCCUUCCUCAUUGAGGCCAUGACCUACAGGAUCGGGCACCACAGCACCAGCGAUGACAGCUCAGCGUACCGCUCGGUGGAUGAGGUUAACUACUGGGAUAAGCAGGACCACCCCAUCUCCCGGCUGAGGCACUACCUGCAGGGCCGCGGCUGGUGGGAUGAUGAGCAGGAGAAGGCCUGGAGGAAGCAGUCCCGCAGGAAGGUGAUGGAGGCCUUUGAGCAGGCUGAGCGGAAGCUGAAGCCCAACCCCAACCUGCUCUUCUCAGACGUGUAUCAGGAGAUGCCUCCCCAGCUCCGCAAGCAGCAGGAAUCUCUGGCCCGUCACCUCCAGACCUACGGUGAACACUACCCCCUGGACCACUUUGAGAAGUGAGGCCGCUCGCCCCACCCGCCUCAACCACCCCAAGGGGCAGAGGGGACUGGAGGGACGCUACUCCUUCCACACACAGCCCCCUCAAAAUACUCAGGCCAGGCCAGUACCGGGUGGCUCCUGCUCACCAUCCCCGCGCCUACAGGCUGUUACAUUGGUGGGGCCUCGUCAGCCCCCUCUCCGGCUUUUGUUACAGGGCCUUCUCUCGGGGGCUGGGCCAGGGCCCCUCGAGGACUGGAAGCCCCUUCUGGGCUGGGGGUGGAUGUGGCAGCUCAGCCUGUGGGAUUCAGAGUGUGAGGUGGUCAGCAGGGAGUGAAUAAACUGUCUCUCUGCCUUUG